AUGGCAGUUGGAGAUCAUCACCGUCACUCUAUUUUAGCGUAUUCCACAUUUUCUCGUCUCCCGUCUUCCCCACGGAUCUUCAAAUGUUCCAAAUUUAGACAUCAGACGUCAAACAUUCAAACAUCAACCGUUGAUGAAGAUGCACUUCCAGCCGAUAGAUGUCGAAUCAAAUUUAAGAGUGCCAUGGACUUUGUUCUUCUACAGGAUAGUCUGAAGGAUACGCCGUCUUCAUCGUCUCAGUUGCUACAUGACUCACCUGCCAAAAGACUAAUCAGUGGAACUGACUCUAUAGAUCACAGUUAUAAACAGCAAUCCGCUUCAUAUCACCACGGAAAAGAUAGUGAUGUUACCAUUCUGUUGACAACACCAUUAUCAAGGCCCGAGAAGAUUGAACAUCUGAGUUCAAGGGACACCUCUACACAAUCUUACCAAACAGGAUCUGCCAUAUGCAAGAUCGAAGAAAUUUGCGAGGCCAUGACUGAUUGUAUGAUCGGACGAAGCAAACAAUUUUCCAUUCAUUUGAAAUCUCGAAGUCGGGGCACAAAAGAUGCAAGUUCAGGGAGCAAAGAAUUUUUUACUUCAAGGAUUGUGCAGUUUCCCAGCUCCUCGCCUCGAGAGACGUGGAAAUUUGUUGCGUUGCUACGGAUUCUGGAACUUUCUCAUGAGGCGCUGGUCACUGGAAACAUCAUCACCAAAAGAGACAUGUAUUAUCGAGACCCAGAGCUUUUUACGAAACAAGCAAUUGUCGAUCGUUUCGUAGAUGACAUCGCGUGUACCCUUGGACUGAAGCGCGACGCUCUGAAUGUGAUGGCCGCUGCCAAAGGAUUGGUUACAGGCUGGUUCAUUAUGAAGGGAAGGAAUCAGUCCACAAUGGAUUAUUCUUCAGCAGCAGAUUCACGACUAGUACCAUGGGUAAAAGAAAUAGAAGAGAUGGACCUCUCGCGGGUUAAAUGGAUACUAGUAAUUGAAAAAGAGGCGACGUUUCGUACAUUGGCAGAAAAGCGAUAUUGGGAAUAUUCGACUGCGGGGAGAGGAAUAUUACUUACAGCAAAAGGUUAUCCUGAUAUACAAAGUCGACAAUUUCUCCACUAUUUGUCGAAGCAUUAUCCAACAAUACCGAUAUGUGCUUUGGUAGACUUUGAUCCUGACGGUAUAGGCAUUAUGUCCACAUACAAACAUGGCUCUGUCGCACUCGCACAUGAAAACGAAAAUCUAUCCGUCCCCUCCAUGCUUUGGCUAGGAUUUAGAAGUAAGGACAUGAUGCAAGGAGGGAAAGAGAACGAGGGUUUACUAACAUUAACGGAACGCGAUAGACGACUCGCAGUGAAGAUGCUGCAAAGAGAUGUAUGUCAAGAGGACGGAGAUGAAGACGAAUGGAGAAGAGAGAUUCAAGUCAUGUUGAUGCUAAAUAAGAAGGCGGAAAUCCAGAUUAUUGGAAACGGCGACGCAUUAGAAAAUUGGCUGAAUAGAACUUUGGGAAAAGAAAGGAAUUGA